AUGGCUGACGGCAAUGACAGGAAGAUUCGACGAAAGCUCGUCAUUGUCGGAGACGGUGCUUGUGGUAAAACUUGCUUGUUGAUUGUCUUUUCAAAGGGUACUUUUCCAGAGUGA